AGCGGGCUUGCGGGGUCGCGGGGCGGUGACGCCGCACGGGGGGCGGCGGUGGCGGGAGUGGAACCCCCGUCUGUUCGCGCGGUGAGGCCCCUGUUUGGGGACCCUCGUGCCGCCGGGCCCACGCCCGCUCCGCCCCUCGGGGGACGCCGACAGGGCGUGCGAAGCCGGCCGCGUGCCCUGUGCCCGGCUCUGGCGCGGCCUCUCGGGCUUUGUCACGCUGCCGGGACCCCCCACAGGUUGAAGGCUGCUGGACGGGAGCGCUGCCGAGCCGGCGCCACCGCCUGAGAAUGCCAGUUGUGAGCCUCCGGGUGUGGGUUUAGGGAGCCGCCUGGCGUUCAGCCCCGGCUCCCGCCGCCGGGAUGCUUUCCCGCCCCAGGGCCUGGAGCGGCGACGGGGGGGCCAUGGCCAGCGUCCCCCAGCUGUUCGACGACCUGUGCGAGGCCCUCCUGCCCGCGGCGAAGGCGCGCUUGGGCCAGCACGGCGUGAGCCGCAGGAGGGCCAAGCAGAGCCUCAAGAAGGUGGCCUACAACGCCCUUUUCACAAAUCUGUUUCAAGAGGAGCCUCACAAGCUGCAGCCCGACGUCUCGAAACUGCCGGUGAAGAACAAGGUCCUCCUGCUGUCCUUCGACCUGAGAGCGGGCGGUCUCGGCCCCGAGGCCGACCGUUUGGAGGAGCUGGUGGAGGGGCUCCAAGCAGCCCCUGGCUGCCCGCUGGCGGAGGUGGGGUCUGUUUUGGACCUCCUGGUCCGGCUGGCGGGCAGUGGGCCCCCUCGGGUUCUGCAGCGCAAGCGGGACUACUUCUUUAACAACAGGCACGUGGGGAGAAACGUGCCCUACGGCGGCUAUGACUGCUACGACCUGAGUGUGUUUGAGAUGGACGUUCAGUCUUUGAUCUCCAGAGAGGAGUAUUUAUGUCAGGACAUGGUCCGGAAAGCGCUUCAGGUGAUGGAUGCGGCACCAGGCACUGGCCUGCCCACUGUUGGGCUCUUCUCAUAUGGUGACCCCUGUGGCGACAGGUUUGAGAGAGACACCCGGGUCUCGCUUUUCGGUGCCCUUGUGCACAGCCGAACAUACGACAUGGAUGUCCGGCUGGACCUGCCCCCCAUGCCCGACAGCGCGGACCUGUCUGGACUGGCCAUUAAGGUUCCUCACAGUGUGGAUCAGUCGGAAGAUGAAGGGUUCCAGUCAGCGUCUAAUUUGACUCCUGACUCCCAGUCUGAACCGAGCAUGACCCCGGACAUCGACCUGUGGGACGCCGUGCUCACCUACGAGGCCAGCAAGCGGAGGUGCUGGGAACAAGUCGGGUGCCCCCCCGGCCACAAGGAGGAGCCCUACCUCACCGAGGCGGGAAGGGACGCCUUCGACAGGUUCUGCAGGCUCCACCAGGGGGAGCUGCAGGUGCUGGGCGGCGGCCUCCUGCAGGCCCCACAGCCCGUCCUGGUGCAGGAGUGUGAGCUGGUGAAAGAUGCACUGAAUGUCCUGAUUGGGGUCGUGUCUGCCACGUUCUCCCUCUGCCAGCCAGCUCAGACCUUCACGGUGAGGCGAGGCGUCCACGUGUCGGGAGCGUCCCCCGAGAGCAUCAGCAGCCUCCUCUCGGAGGUGGCCGAGUGCGGGACGCACUACGCGCGCCUGAGCCGCUUCUCGCUGCAGCCUGUGCUGGACUCCUCGUGCAGCAGAGGCCUCGUGUUCCAGGCCUUCACCAGCGGCCUCAGGAGGUACCUGCAGUACUACCGCGCCUGUGUCCUCUCCACUCCGCCUACCCUGAGCCUCCUCACCAUCGGCUUUCUCUUCAAGAAACUGGGCCGGCAGCUUAGGUACUUGGCUGAGCUCUGUGGUGUGGGCGCUGCACUUCCAGGUGGGGGCUGCGGGGGACCGAGGGCCGCGUUCCCGACCGGGGUGAGGCUGCUGUCCUACCUGUACCAGGAGGCCCUGGACAAUUGCAGCAACGAGCACUACCCGGUGCUGCUGUCGCUGCUGCAGACCAGCUGCGAGCCCUACACGAGGUUCGUUCACGACUGGGUCUACAGCGGGGUCUCCCGAGACGCUCACGGCGAGUUCAUGAUCCAGGUGAACCAGGAGUAUCUGGGCUUGAGAGACCAGUCUUACUGGACCCACGGCUACGCGCUCGUCUCCAAAGACGUGGAGGACUGCGUGCCCGUGUUCCUGAGGCACAUCGCGCAGGACGUGUACGUCUGCGGGAAGACCAUCAACUUGCUGAAGCUCUGCUGCCCCCGGCACUACCUCUGCUGGUCUGACGUCCCUGUUCCUCGGAUCUCGGUGAUUUUCUCCCCCGAGGAGUUGAAGGAGGUCGAGAGGGACUGUGCCAUCUACGUGGGGCGGAUGGAGAGGGUGGCGCGCCACAGCUCUGUCAGCAAGGAGGAGAAGGAAUUACGAAUGGAAAUCGCCAAACAGGAGUUGCUUGUCCAGGCGCGGGAGGCAGCAUCCAGGGUCCUGCGGGCACUCAGUGACCGGCAGACCUCCGAACGCAUGGCCUUGGAUGCCCGGAAGCGAGAGCAGUUCCGGAGGCUGAAGGAGCAGUUUGUGAGGGACCAGGAGCGGCGCCGGGCGGCCAGGCAGGAGGACCUGGACGAUGACUUCGGCUAUGCCCGGGAGCUGCGUGACAGGGAGCGGAGGCUGAGGGCCCUGGAGGAGCAGCUGGAGAGGAAGGCGAGGCAGGCGCUGGUGGACCAUUAUAGCAAGUUGUCUGCGGAGGCAGCCCGCCGCGAGCAGAAGGCGCUGUGGAGGAUCCAGAGGCACAGGCUGGCGGGCGCACGGCUGCAUUUCCUCGUGGAGGACCAGAAGCGCAUUCAGGAGAUGCUGAAGGACGUGUCUGAGAAGUCCCUGGAGGCACCAGCCGCCCUCCCUGGUGCACGCUCCCAGGCUUCGUCUCCCGGGCCCGCGCACUCAGCUGUAGGCAGCCCCUGUGACUCUGGGUACUCGGGGCGGCAAGCGGCUGCGUGGGAUCACCCAAGCGCACAGACACUGCAGCACCCCCGGCCUCUGGUGCCAGCGGCCUGGGGGCCGGGGCCAGGAGCUGGCCCGCCACCAGGGCAGGGGGACACGCCAGGGGCGUCCUCGGAGGGCCUCAGUAUCCAAGACUUUGUGCCCGCAGCGCAGGAGGUUGAGCAGCCUGUGCACACUGGUGUGGCUUCCGUCCUGGAGGAGGCGCUGCAGACCAUCGGCUCAGACCUGCCUCCCCCUGCUGAGGCUGCAGUGGCAGGCACAGGGCCCUCUGGGCCACCAGAGUAUGAUUUCAGAACUAUCCUGAGGCCAGCUGUGGUCACCUUGGCUUCCCCAGGGGCGCUCCAGACCGUAAGAGGUGGCUUGAGCAAUGAGGGGCAGCAGUUGUGGGGGGACAGUUUCAUGCAGCUGGAGGACACAUGUGUUUCAGAUGGGCCGGUGCCUCUGCCUCACUCAUUGCCCCCUAGGUCCAGAUCCCCCCAGGAGGGGAGUAGCCAGGCCAUGGAGCAGCUCCUUGGGCAUGUGCCAGAGGGCAGCAUUCCUACAGGGGGCCACACUCCCUCCCAGCCCCAGUGGAACGUCCACGGACACGUGUCUGACGCCAGCAUCAAGGUGGGAGAGAAUGUGUGUGACGUGGCCCCAUCCCGACCGAGGUGGAAUGUCCACGGACACGUGUCUGACGCCAGCAUCAAGGUGGGAGAGAAUGUGUGCGACGUGGCCCCAUCCCGACCGAGGUGGAACGUCCACGGACACGUGUCUGACGCCAGCAUCAAGGUGGGAGAGAAUGUGUGUGACGUGGCCCCGUCCCGGCCGCGGUGGAACGUCCAUGGACACGUGUCUCAGUCCCACGUGGUGCUGGGUGCACUCUCUUGGGAAGGCCAGCCCGAUACACGUGGGCCCUACCAGAGCCCCGCUGAGCACGCAUCCCAGCCAGGCCUCAGCCUGGGAGCACAGAGCCCUGUCGGGGCGGAGGAGCCGCGGCGGCCUGCAGACAGAGCCUCAGAUGGGUCCUGUGGGCAGGUGGCGGGCUCCGGCUGUGGGGGGGCGGGCGACCAGGUUUCACCGUCUGCAGUGGCUGCAUCCAGUGCUCUGGGAGACAGUGUCCCUGAGGAGCCAGGACCAGGGAAGAGUGGGGACACUGAAGACCUCUCUCCAGGCCACCCUCCGAGCUCACAGGGAGGUGCAGCUGCCACGAGCAGCCCUGGCCUUGGUGAGGAGGAGGCUGCCGCCCAGCGCUGGGGCCAGGAGCAGGCCUACCUGGCGAGCCUGGCGGAGCAGUACCUCCUGGAGCAGUACCCGGACAGCUACGAGGCCAUGUCGGAGCCUCCUGUCGCCCGCCUGCUGCACCAUGGGCUUCCCCGGGCCUUCAGCCUCCCCGACGAACCCCGGGUCCGGGCAGGUGCAGAUGAGACGGCCGUGGAGCUCAGCGAGCUGCUGCCGCUACCGGUGCUCAUGAAGCACUCCAUCACUGCCCCGCUGGCUGCACACGUCUCCUUGGUGAACAAGGCCGCCGUGGACUACUUCUUCGUGGAGCUCGGCCUGGAGGCGCACUUCGAGGCACUGCGGCACUUCCUGCUCAUGGAGGACGGGGAGUUUGCCCAGUCUCUCAGUGACCUGCUUUUUGAGAAGCUGGGGGCGGGCCAGACGCCCGGGGAGCUCCUCAACCCAAUGGUGCUCAACUCCGUGCUGAGCAAGGCCCUGCAGUACAGCCUGCAUGGGGACACCCCGUAUGCUGCCAACCUCUCCUUCGCGCUCAAGUUCCUGCCCGAGGCGUUUGCCCCCAACGCCCCGGACGUGCUGAACUGCCUGGAGCUCAGGUACAAGGUGGACUGGCCCCUCAACAUCGUGGUCACUGAGAGCUGCUUGAGCAGGUACAGCGGCAUCUUCUCCUUCUUGCUGCAGCUGAAGCUGAUGAUGUGGACGCUCAAGGACAUCUGCUUCCACCUCAAGCGCACAGCUCUGGUGAGCCGUGCGGCCGGCUCGGUGCAGUUCCGCCAGCUGCAGCUCUUCAAGCAUGAGAUGCAGCACUUCGUGAAGGUCACCCAGGGCUACAUCGCUAAUCAGAUCCUGCAUGUCACCUGGUGUGAGUUCCGGGCCCGGCUGGCCAGGGUGGGCGACCUUGAGGAGAUCCAGCGUGCACACGCGGAGUACCUGCACAAGGCCGUCUUCAGGGGACUGUCUCCCAGGGCCCCCCACCCCCUCCAGCUGCCGCCUGUCCCCAGGGGCCUGCUGACUGAGAAGGCUGCGCCCGUCAUGAACGUCAUCCAUAGCAUCUUCAGCCUGGUCCUCAAGUUCCGCAGCCAGCUCAUCUCCCAGCCCUGGGUCCCGGCCUGUGGCCUGCAGGGUGCUGAGCACCCCAACUUCGCCCUUAUGCAGCAGUCCUACAGCACCUUCAAGUACUACUCCCAUUUCCUCUUCAAAGUGGUGACCAAGCUGGUGAACCGUGGCUACCAGCCCCACUUGGAGGACUUCCUGCUGCGCAUCAACUUCAACAGCUACUACCAGGAUGCCUGAGGCUGCGACACAGCAGGUGCCGGCGCCCCCGUGGGCUCCCGUCGGCGGCCGGCGCCCCGCCCUUACCUGUACUCCCGCAGCCAGUCGGCCCAGUGGCCCCUGUUCCUGCUCAGCAGCUCGGCCGAGCUCAGCUGCUCCAGCCGUGACUGCUGCUCCACUCGCUCCAGCUCCCUGGCGACGUUGGCCCGCGUGCCGAUGAGCGCGAAGAGCUGCGGGUUCGACUGUGCCAGCAUCAGCAUCAUGGAGAGCUGCCUGCGCAGAGGGGCGGCGUGAGGCGCGUCCUGAGACCGCCGGGCACCCGGAACAUGGCUGGCCGGGCACGGAGGAGGUGGCAGCGGCUUCAGCGGCUCUGCUGUGAGGCCCUGUGAGGCGGUGACCCGGGCCCGAGAGGCGGACGCUCUAGGCUGGCUUCUCCCUGCUGCUCGGCACCUGCCCGUGUCCCAGCCCCACACUGACUCCCCCAGAGGAGGGUCCUUGCUGGCCGCUUCGCCCCGAUGACCGCAAGGCUGGGUCCCCCAGGGCCGGGCAGGCGGGGACGGCCCCGACACCCCCUCCCCUGUCGUGCUGGCUUUGUGCUCUCGCAGGUCCUGCUAGCCUGUCCUCCCUGUGCGCCCUGGGGGCUGCUCGCCACACUAAAUUCUCUCAAACUGCA